AUGUCAGAUUUUGAAAUUGGCGGCUUUGGUGCUAAUGUCAGAUUGCAUGAUAGCGUGCGUUCUGCCCGCCGCUCAUCUUUUUCGGUCUUGCAUUGUCUCCGGCAGGUCCAUCACCAACGAGAGAUGUCCACUGAGGACUCGACAGGGACAGCCGCAGCGGGGGGCCCCUCUCUCGUCAUCGACAAACAGGUGGAGUUUCUUCUAGAUGGGCUUGGCCAGAUUCAGGAAGCUGAAAAUCACACUACACUGCAGGUAUCCGUAAAACCAGCUGGCCUAGGUCUAGCCUUCUCGCUCAUCGAAAAGUGCAUGUGA